AUGGCAACGACAGAAAAGGCACUUCCACCGCCGCCUUCGACGACGCUGCGUGGACGCGUCGCUGCGUCGUACCAAAAGGCUCAAAACGUGUUUAACAAGCCAGGAGAUGGAAAGCCGAAUAAUAUGCGCAGGAUUAUUGUAUAUGCCGUCGUUGGUGUGCUCAUUGUUGUCGUGAUUAUCGUCGGUGCUGUUGUCGGUACGCAGAAGCGCGGCUCGUCUAGCGGAGGUGGCGGGUCGAACGGCGGGUCGAAUGGGGGAAACUCUGGACAGGGAUUUCCACUCGAUUCAAGACUUCAUAAUUCGUUUUGGGGUUUGGCGUACACGCCGUAUGGAGCUAUUGAUUGCACUGCGACGCAAGCGAAUGUUACCAAGGAUAUGCAAUUGUUGAGCCAGCUCACAACGCGUCUCCGGUUGUAUGCUUCCGAUUGUAAUGUUACAGCACUCGUCCUACAAGCGAUACAGGAUCUCAACGUAAACAUGAGCAUCUAUGCAGGAAUAUAUAUCCACCCCGACGUCGAAUCCUACAACUCGCAGGUCGCCCAGCUCGACUUUGCUCUGAAGUCGUACGGAGUAGACAGGGUAGAUGGCGUUACCGUUGGUAACGAGUAUCUUUUGAACGCUCCCUCUCGUGGCGACACCAUUGCCAACGCGACCACAUGGCUGAUAUCACGAAUCAACGACUUCAAGACGCACCUCCGCCAAGCAACAGCAUCCUCGCCAGACCAACAUCACAACUAUUCCUCCAUCCCAGUCGGAACCUCGGAUGCAGCGGGCACGUUUAUCGGCGAUUCAAGCCUCGUGAGCGCCGUCGACUACUUUCAAGUCAACAUCCAUCCUUGGUUCAGCCAAAACACGUACGAACAAGCGGCGUGGUUCAGUUGGAGCUAUAUGAAUAACAUCGUUCAGCCGUUGGUAAAUGCGACGUGGCCGAUGCCGGUCAACUCGACUGCCCAAAAUCCGAGGCUAUUCCAGGGAGAAUUUGGUUGGCCUACGGAUACGGACGACGCUGCGCUUGGGAUUAACCCCGCUGGUAGUCGAGCCGGAUUGACGGAGCUGCAACGAGUGCUCGAUGACUGGGUCUGCGCCUCGAAUCGGAACGGCACCAAAUAUUUCUUCUUCGAGGCGUUUGACGAAUCGUGGAAGAAGAUGUAUGGCGGCGUCGAACAACAUUGGGGAUUAUUUUACGAGAACAAGACUCUUAAGGCUAUCAACAUUCCGGAUUGUCCUCACGAUUAG